AGCGAACCGAGUCCUGGGGCCCAGCGCAGAGUCCUGGCCACAGGAGGGAGUCCAGGGAACAGGACAGCCACCGUGCAGGGCUCUAGGAAAUUUAAUAUGGCUGGACCUAGUGCCUUUUCUGUUUAUGCCCUCCGUUUGGGGCCUGGGGAAGACAUUGUCACCUCUUUGUUAAAAUUUGUAGAAGAUAAGAAGCUAAAAGCUCCAUUUGUCAUGACUUGUGUGGGAAGCAUCACCAAAGCAACGCUGAGACUGGCCAACGCCACUGCUUCGAAUACUAAUCAGAUUAUUCAUCUAAAUGAGAGGUUUGAAAUCGUCUCCUUGGUGGGAACCCUGAACAAAGCACCUCAUCUCCACAUCUGCCUGUCUGAUAAGGAUGGGAAGACUGUCGGAGGGCAUGUUAUAAGUGACUUGGAAGUCUUCACUACAUCUGAGAUAGUGAUCGGCGAAUGCACAGGCCUGCAGUUCACCCGGGAGAUGGAUGAUCGCACAGUAUGCAUCGUGGACCACGUCACUCGAAUUGUAAAUGCUCCAAAGAGACAAUAACUUGCUUUGGAACGGCGGUGUCAUCAUCUAAAGUGUGCAGUUGUGUUUUGGUAUCAACAAUAAAGAUGUUCUUUUCUCUGCA